UAAUUACUCUAGGUAAGAUGACAAAUAUGGCAGCCUCCCUUUAAGAUGUCAAAUCGUUUCGGGAUUUGCUUGAUAAUAAUUUCGAAAUAUCACAAAUUACACAGAAAAGAUUAUAUUCACGGAAUGUCAGUGAACAGCUAAGCCCAGCAGGAUGUUGAAGGGUUUGGCAGCCUGGGUGUUGAACACAUAUGUUGGAGAAUAUGUGGAAAAUCUGAACACUGAUCAACUCUCCAUUGCACUCUUGUCAGGAGCUGUUGAACUAGAGAAUCUGCCAUUGAAGAAAGAUGCACUUAAUAAGCUUGGGCUUCCAUUGCAUGUAAAAUCAGGUUUUAUAGGUAAGAUCAGGCUUGAGAUCCCUGUGAGAAGGCUGCACAGUGAGCCCUGGGUGAUAUCCAUUGAACAACUGUACCUUGUGGCAGGACCUCUGCAGGAUAUCAAGUACGAUGAAGAAAAGGAAAAGGAAGCAGCUGAAGCUAGAAAAAUGAAACUGCUGAAUGCUUUAGAAGAAAAGCUGCAGAUUCAGAAGACAUACAAGCAAGAAUCCUCCUGGUUUUCAUACGGCACUUCUGUCUUAGCGAACAUUCUUGAAAAUCUUCAGUUGAAUAUCAGUGAUGUCCAUAUCCGCUAUGAAGAUGACAUCACAAACCCUGGCUGCCCGUUUGCAUGUGGCAUUGUUAUCAAGUCACUGAGUGCUCAGAGCACAGAUGCCGGCUGGACCCCAAAAUUUGUGAGUCGGAACUAUGUGGAUGUGAUGCACAAGUUGGUAGAUCUGCGUGACUUCUCCCUGUACAUGGACACCAACACCACACUGGUUGGGGAUCUGCCCAGAAAUGACAUGGCCGACGCCCUGCAGCGAGAAAUGUAUGUGUCAUCCAUCACCAAACAGUUCAAGAAACAUGAGUAUAUCCUCUCCCCUGUGUCGGCCAGUGCAAAGAUGAAGAGAUACACUACCCCAUUGCCUGUGAGGAACCCUGAUACCCCCAGAAAUACAAUGGACUUGACUUUGAACAGCAUGGUCUUUUCUAUCAGUGAAGAGCAGUAUAUGAGUGUGGUCCUGUUGUUACGGGAGUUUGAGAAGUAUGAGAGAGGCAAAAAGUACCGCAAAUGGCGUCCCACUUGUCCAGUUCACAACAAUGCAAGUCAUUGGUGGCGGUUUUCCAUCCAGUCAAUAUUGUCAAGUAUUAAAGAGAGCAAACUUCGAAUGACAGCAGCCUAUUUGUCUCAGAGAUGCCGGGAUGUAGUGCUAUACUCAAAACUGUAUACAGCACACUUGAAAAAGGAUACUCUAGAUGCAAACAUGAAGGCUAACCAGACUAGAAUUGAGAAGGACUUCAGUUUUGAAGAAUUAAAGCUGAUGCGAGAGCUGGUGUUUAGAAAAUUAAAAUUGAAAGGAAAUUUCUCCAAGAUGCCAUCCCCAGAGGCAGACUCCAAGGCUAUUUCACCUGCAGGAGAGAGCAAGUCCAUGCUACAGCGUUGGUUCCCUGGCUGGGGUGGCUGGUACAGAGCUCAAGCAGCCAGCACACAGCAGGCAGGGAACCAGGAUGCAAAGAGGGUUCAAAAUGAGUCCUGUGUAGUGGAAAACAAGGACACGGCUGUCAGCAUGGGAGAACCACAUCCCAAAUCGAUGCGAAUAGAUUUAGAUCAGGAGCUUGAAGACAUGAUGCAGUUAAUGGGAGAUGGUGAGAAUGAUCGCUCUAUGCUGAAACGUGAUGCAGUGUUUGCCAAGCUCAACUUUACACUCAACACAGGGGCCUUCAAAAUCUGUGGGAACUCCACUGAGUCUGUUACAGGUGAGAGGGAAGCCUACAGCAUCAUGGAGCUUGAGUGCUCUUCCAUUGAAAUGAUGUUUGAGUCCCGCCCUCGGAGCUCCGGCCUCACAUUUGGACUCAGUGUGGGCGGCCUGCAACUGCUGGACAAGCUCACUCUGGGCUCACAGUUCCCUGUGCUGGUGGGAUGCCAGAACAAGGAGAGGUUUGGUCCCAAGAGGCAGGCAGGCUAUCAGAGGCAAUCCUACUUCGCACCCUUGAAAGAGGACGAGGAUAAGAAGCUGUUUGUGUUGAAGUUUGACAAGAACCCAUUGAACACAACGGCAAACAACAGAUUCAGUAUCCGCACAGAGCCCCUGGAUAUCGUGUACAACUGCCCUGCAUUUCGUCGUGUCAGGGACAUAUUCUCGUCCAAGAAUGUGAGCAGGAUGAAGAAAUCCACCUCGUCUAUAUCAGCUGCUGCCAGGCUCCAGUAUGAAACCUUGAAGAGACAAACACAGGCAGACAUAAAAAAGUCAUUCACAUUACUGCUCGAGGGUUCAGAAAAAUUGAAAAGGUGGGAGAUAGAUAUGGACAUUGCUGCUCCCCAGAUCAUUCUCCCUGAGAAGUUUGUGUGUGACAACACGAACAUGAUCGUCCUGGACCUGGGACACCUGCGCUUCCAUAACACCAAGAAGGGGACCCCUGACAGCAGUGGUGCCACUGCUAAUAACGAUGAUGAGUUUCUCACGCCGAUGUCAACACCCCCCUCAGAAUUAGAGGAGGACCCACAACCAUCCAUUGUGAAACUUGACACGCUGUCACAGCAGGAUCUUACUGAAGAUCAGUUCUAUAGUAAACUCUAUGACAUGUACACUUUAGAGCUGACGGACCUCCAGGUAAUGUCAGGGAGGAUGAAGGACAACUGGCGGCAGAUCAACCAGCGCACCACCACACACCUCCAUCUUGUGGACAGGCUUUCCAUAUCUGUGCACUUUGAGAGACGGCUGAUCUACACUGCAGACCCACUGUAUCCGACCAUUAUUGCAUCUGGCACCAUGCCUUCACUUACACUACAUGUAAAUGAACAAAAGGUCCAAAUCAUCAAUUCCUGUCUAUCAUCCCUGACCCCGCCCUUGUCUGAACACCAGCCACAGACAUGCCUCUCACUCUCUGAGUCCCACAGUGGGCUGCACAUCUCUGACCCAAGGGGAGUGGCCCCUAGCAUUUCCAUGGAGACAGUUGGUAAGGACGAGGAGGUGUCGAUGAAAUUGAAGGAGCUGUUGGAGGAUUCCCAGCUGCUGCGGGCUCAGUUCAACAUCAACAAGGUGGCACUGGAGAUACAUAGCAGAGACAGGCCAAUAGCAGAGUUACAGGUAUCUAAUGUGAAAACCAGUCUGACAAAGCGUCCAUACAGCAUGUCAAUGACCCUCAGUGUGCACAGUCUACUGGUGGUGGAUGCCCUGCAGAUGUAUGGGAAAGACUUUGAACUGCUCAUGGCAUCUCACAGAAAUGUUAUCCUGGACUGCACUGGCAGCCUACGUGACUCUGCCGCUACCUCCCCCAUGGCUGUAUCGCCCCGCUCACCCCCUGGCUCCCCCAUGGAGUGCCUCCCUAGCAACCUGCCUAGCAACCAGCCGACAACCAGUGGCGGUAUUCAUGAUGUGGUGGCUAGAGCUUUCCAGGCUUUGAUUAACACUGAUGACAUAGUCCCAAAGGUGAACAAGGGAGGUUAUGUAUUAGACAGGGUGACCUCCCCUCUACCUGACAGUGAAGCGCUGAUAUGUGUGGAGUACGAGAUGUUAGCUGCUAACUCACCCAGCAAAAAGGACGAUGGAGCACUUCAUGUUGUGGACUUUCAGUUUAACAACUUGGACAUUAUUGCAAAUCAAGAAACUGUGGUGGAGAUUUUGAGUUUUCUGAAGCGUAUUACUCCAAGGUCAUCAUCGGCUGUUCACAAAGCUGUAGGCUCUGAUAAUACUGGUGUCUCGCAACCAAAUGUUGGACAACCAUUCAAAAAACAGGCGAAUGCUACCCCUCACUUGGAGUUGACUGCUGAUUUCAACCGGCUGUCUGUGCUGCUGAUGAGGAUAGUGGAGGAUGGGGAGAAGAAGUUGGCCAGAAAGGUUGCCACUGUUACCAUGUCCUCUGCCCGGGUACAGGCUUCCAUAGACACUCGUCUGUCAAUGACAGGCUGGCUAGGGGGGUUUCAUGUGUUUGACAUCACUCCAGAUGCCAAACGCCAUCAGAAAGUCUUCUGUGUGGGCCAGGACUUCCAGCAGCACGGGCAGGACUUUGUAUCCCCAGAUAUGUACAAAACAGCCAACGAGUCCGUCUUCAAUGAUACCAAUGGUGAUACCUUAAAGGCAUUCUCCUUUCAAUUCAGUAAACCACUGCGCAAAUUUGCUUCAAUGUGUUCGUCUCCAAUGUUUGAACAAUCCAGAGAACUCUUAGAAGAAGACAAUGCAAUAGCAGUUAAUUUAAGAGUAGCCUCCCUUUGUUAUACACAUUCACCAAGGUUCAUAAAAGAGUUGUCACUCUGUGUCUCAGAGUUCAAGGAAUAUAAGUUGUCUGUGGCAAAAUCCAUUAAAAGUGUUGCCAGCGAGGUAGCUAAGGGCAUGAUUGCUAAGCAUUCUGAUCUCAAUCAGACGGGACCAUUUGGUAGCACCUCUAGCAUCGAUAUGUAUACAAAAAUGAAAUCCAAUAUGUCUGCUGACAAGACAGAGAUGGAAUUCCUGGAAAAUGCUACCACAACGGAAGAUGGGGAGCAAUUAAAGUACAAAAUACUCCUGGAUGCCUCUUUUGAUUCCCCUGUGAUUGUUGUUCCCAAGAGUGCCACAAGUUCGCAGGUGCUGAUUGCCCACCUGGGUCAGAUAACACUCAGUAACCGUAGUGACCAAGGUCAGAUACAGUUCACUGAAGAAGUCCUGUCGGAGGAGAAUAUUGAUAAAGAGGAUGACCAGAAGGAAAGAAUAUUUCUGGAAUUUCGAAGAAUGAAUUUGUACUCUGUAGAUGUUAAUCAAACUUUGCAGUCUGACAUAUCAAAGUUCAGUGAUUCCAUGGAUUAUAGAGCCUUGAAUAUUAACAGUGACACUGACACACCAAUUAUGUAUGAUACAACCCUUCAGGUGACGGUUGACCAUAUUUUUAAUAAUUCUUCUGCCCAGAUAAAUCUGGUUGGCAAACAUGACUUUGACUCUGAAUCAUUUAUGCCUGAUGAUAUUGUUAUACCAUCUUCAGUUUCUAUUUCCCAACCAAUCAUGGACAUUCGAGCCAAAAUUCAAACCCCCUUAAAAAUUGUUCUUCAAAAGAAUGUCUAUGAACAAAUUCUACAGACGUCUGAUUAUUUAUCUAGCCUUAAACAGAUUGGUUCUAACUUGGAAACCAAUAUUUCAACGCCUGCUGCUGAUAAAGAAGACAAGAUCGUUGAUCUUAAAGAAGAUUCCAGCUCAACAUUGAAAUCAAGUACCUCAUUGGAUAAAACAUCCUUUAUCACCAAGAAGGUACGGUUUGAAGUGCCCCGGUUCAAUGUGGAACUGCGUGGCAACUUUGCGGAAGGGGAACAAGGCCUGGUUGACCUUCGACUGAACCGCUUUCUGCUUGAUCUAACCAAGGACAAUCCGGCAACAACCAAUCUGGAAUUGUCACUGAAGUCGAUAAUGGUUGAAGAUCUUCUCCAGCCACCAGAUUCUCCACACAGAAUCAUUGUGAUGUCUAAAGGGCCCCAGAGAGAGGAUUCAGCAAACAUGAAAGUUCAUCAGUUCCUUUCACACUCGUGUCCUGAUAAUGCCAUUGUGGCCCCUAUUCCUGCUAUGCCUGGCUCUCUGCCAAGCAGUUUCCAUAGCAACAUGUCAGGCAUGAACAAGCCAAUCAUUAGCAAGCCAAUCAUUAGCAAGCCAAUUAUUGCUGUGUUUGGACCACGAAGACUGGCGUCUGAUUCAGGAUCAAGGCAAAGGCCAAGUUCACUUACACCCCCACUGUGCCUGUCUCGGUCACAGAGCCAUGAUGAGUUGUAUGAGGAGAGGCUGGUUCACAUUUCUCUGCUACUUGUCGACAUGGAGUCUAAAGAAUACACUGAAAAAUACAACCAAACUAAACGGUUCGUAGACGUAGAUCUGUCAUGCCUGGAGGUGAAGGUAAACCUGCAGACGUGGGUGGUGCUUCUUGACUUCCUGGGGCUGGGAGCCAAGGUGCAGGACAUUGACGUGCUUGCAGGCCGGGAACCGGACUCCUCCACACAGCCUCUCAACCCUGAUGAUUAUGUGCAGGCGAUAGUGAACUCUGAGAUCUCAGUGAAGAUGGAGCAGCUGGCUGUUGUGUUGAACAAGGAGGAGUACAUUCUGGCCGAGGUCAGCGCGUCCAAGCUCAAUGCCAAGGUCACCAUGAAGGAUGGAAACAUGGAUGCAAAAGGUCAACUAGGCAAGGUCAAUGUCCUUGACCUUUCACCCAGUGGUGCCCUCUACAAAGAGAGGUUUCUGACUGUAGGAGACCAGGCACUGGAGUUUGACUUCUUCAAGUAUGGUUUGCCAGAUCCGUGGUGCAAGCGUGACUACGACAUCAGACUGAAGGUGGGCAUGUCCUCCGUACGCUACACUCACACACACAAGUUUACCCAGGAGAUGUUGGGGUUUGCUCAACACUUCUUGCAGCUGCAGGACGUACUUGGGAGAAUGAGGGCUGCCUCAGCUGGCAAAAAGAUCAAUGAGUCAGCGUUCCACCAGGCCCGUCUGUUGCUGGACAUUGAGGCCGGUUCCCCCAUCAUCCUCAUCCCUCAUAGUUCCCGCACCACGGAUGUGCUGGUAGCCGACCUGGGAAAGUUGUCAGUGAAGAACUGCUUCCGACUUGCGGGUGACAAAGGAACAUUUACUGAGGAGGAUCAGAACAAAAUGUCUUCUGAAGAUGUUGGAUCUGAGUCUGCGACAAGCAUGAGUAGUUUGAAUACGACCCAGCGUUCUAUGAGUGUUGCCAGUAUUGGACCUGCCAGAAGCAUGUCCCUGACAGACACACAGUACUCCCUAAUUCAUAAGAAUAUGGAUCCCAUGCAGCAGAGUGUGUAUGGAAGUCUAGAUGAUGACUUUAGAAAUCAUGAAAAUGAUGCGGAUAUAAGCACUGUUGACAUAGGUUCAAGUGUUGAUCCGUUAACCCCAACUGUUGACCUUGCUAGGCAAAAGUCAAGGACAUCUCUUGUUUCAAGGUCAGACUCAAUACCAAAAUCAAAAGACACAAUGGCACCAGCAUCUGCCUCUGGCUUAAAUGUCUUCCUAAUGCAGGACUUCUUUAGCCAAUCAAUGAAUGCAAGCAGUGGGGGAAAUACUUUUGCAGAAAACUGCAAUAAUGCAGUUAUGGGGGAAAUGCCCACCAAGUUGAGUUCUGUUGAAGAUAUCACCAUGAGUGGUCCAUGUUUGCUAGAUGUGAUGGAGGUGACAUUGUCAGAGAUGGACUUGUUCUCUGCUGAGAGAGUGGAGAAGCAGCAUUACCAUGGAAACAAUCUGAGACAGGAUCUCGAAUUCCCUUCCUGUGUUAUACAAAGAAAGAGUAGCCCUUUGUUGAAAGAGAAAUGUCUAUUGAGCUUGAAGAUUGAGCGUAACCUUGAUGGGGACCGCAGUCAUGAUGUACCAGAUAUCAGAGUGAAGGGUAUGCUAUCCUCAGUCCACUGCUGUCUAGAUCUGGCCCAGUACAAGCUGAUUAGAGGACUCCUGGACCAUAACCUCGGAGAGAAAUUUGAAAACUUCAAAAAGGAACUUCUGACACACAUGCAAGACCCUCAGAUACAGACUGUUCUGAGUGGAAAAGUUUGGACAGUGAUCUCCAUGGCAGUUGACCUUCACAAUGUGACCUUGGAGCUCGUGACCUCUCACAACCUUGAUCUCAGUGACCCCACUGAGUCAGACACGAGUCUGGCCAAGCUGAACUUCAUUCGCUCUUGCCUUUCAUAUGAGUCGUUCUCUGACCAGUCUAAGGAGACUGAUCUUGUAUCUCAGGAAAUUCUCAUUAGUGACACAAGAUUUAGAAAUGUUGCCACCAAUCAGAGGUCCAGUGUGUUUGAAAGGAUUCUCCAGCCUCUGAAGACUGGUCCACGUUGUGGCCUGCAGCUGGAUCUUCAUCAUUGCACUACCCCCGAGGGCCGUACAUUGAGCGUGGUCAUCAACAACAUGAAAGUGAUGUGCAGCUUUCAGUGGCUCAUAGAAGUUAAGGAGUUCAUCGCCACCAAACUGGAGGACCCAUUCUUUAAAGACAACUUAUCCAGCAGCAUUCCAACAGCUCCAACUCCUGGCGGGUCGCUAGCCUCAAGUCUCGGUUCCCAGCCAGCCAGUCCUGUGUCUGGAGCAAGUAGCAAUGUCACCUCCCAGAAUGUACAGGAAGAGCCCCCAUUUCAUUUGAAGCUGAACAUCACAGAUACUGAGUUUGUUGUGGUUGAAAACUUAGCCUCCCUGGACACUAAUGCUGUCAUCCUAAGGAGUACAGCCGUAGUGUCCUACCAGCCCCAGUCAACAGACAAGAUGUUGUCCUGCACCCUCAGAAGCCUCGAGGUGUUCUCAUGUAAUCUGCAGGCAGAGGAGGAGACCGCACUCUCCAUUGUAGACCCCGUCACAUUUCAGGUGACUAUAGAGAAGAACUCCAGAGUGAUGCCUAUACGCCGAGACUCCCCCACACAACUCGGCAUCAUGGACACUCGAGUCUUCAAACAAGGACAGUUGCUUCUAGAGGUGCUUAUGGACAACCCAAUGAAUGUGCGCCUGUCAUAUCAAGACAUGAAGCUUUUCCUUGCUAUUUGGGAGACUCUGCCAAAACAAUUUAAGGCCAAGCAGUCCACAGAAAGUUUUGUUUCUGAUCAUCAUGUUGAGAGACUGAGAGAGAUGGGGUUCAGCCAUGGGGACUGUGUGAAAGCUCUUGUAGACAACAAGAACAAUGUGAAUGAGGCUGCUAACUGGCUGCUGCAGAAUGCCAAACCGGAGCAUAAGAAAAAGACUGAGACUAAGAUCACAACAGUUGAGAUCAUAAUGAAGACCCUUAGCCUGUGCCUGAUUGAUGACUGCCAGGAUGCAGAUGUGCCUCUAUUUGAGCUCAACUUUAAUGGUUUAAAUGUGAAGUAUGAGCCGGGCAAUGAGGGUUUUGCCAAGUUUGGGAUCUCUGGUGACUACUACAACCGAACCCUAGCUGGCUGGGAGCCGUUCCUGGAGCAGUGGAAAUGUCAGGCCCAGUGGCGAAAUUAUCAGUAUCCAGAUAAGAAAUUGGCACUGGAAAUAUCAGCAUCGGAUGUGCUGGACAUCAGUAUAACGUCUCAGCUUCUACAGCUCUACAAUAUGACCAAGGACAAAUGGUCAAAGGACUACUAUAAGCAUGCAGAAAGCUGCCAGAAAUACAUGGAGUCCCCCUGUGGUGUGCGUAGACGUCAGCUCCUCCGUCCAUACGCCAUACGUAACCUGACAGGCUGCCUGGUGUACUUCCAGCCUGUCACAGUCAGCCCCUCCCAUGUGGCCACAGAGGGUGAGGCCCCUGGCCCUGGGCGCCAGGACUGGGUCCUCGUGCCCCCAGGCGAGGUUGUGCCUUUUGAUUUCCAGCGCAAGGACAAGAUCAGACACAAAAAACAUGAGAGUCUGCGAGUGCAUCAAGUGAUUGUGAGAGUGGAUGGCUGGCAGAAGCUAACCCCACUCUCUGUAGACAAGGUUGGCACCUUCUACAGACAUGCCAUCUCCGACAUUGGAAAACAGACCAUCUUCAAAGGGGGCAAGCGUCCUCACACCCGUGUGGUAUUCGACAUUGCCCAUGAGGGUACAGCCCGGAAGGUGAUCACACUGAGAUCAGCCCUCAUGCUGUCCAACCAACUCAGUGAACCCAUAGAGCUCAGGAUGGAUAACCCAGUCAUACCUGGUCGCUUUGAGAACUUUAUAAUUCAGUCAAACCAGAAGAAACCGAUUCCGAUCCACUUCAUCAGUUCCCGUCUCUGGUUGCGUCCGCUUGAUUGGCCAGUGAACUUCUGUGUUGAGCCAAUCAACUGGCAGCAGGUUCGGAAGAAAGGGGAGGUGAUCUCCGAUACCAGGUUUUGUCAGAGUGAAGAUGCUAUCUAUAGGUUUGCUGUAGCAGUGUGCCAUGAGAACUACCCAGAGUCCUCCCAAGAUGAGUUACACCCCCUGCCUGGACACUUGGUUAUGAUUAUGCCCCCUUUGACUGUCCACAAUCUGCUACCGAUCGAUAUGGAGUUCUACUUCAAAGGGACAGAUCUGCGUGGACAUGUGAAGCCUGGAAAGCAGAUACAGAUUCCUGCAGCAAACAUGAAUGUGAAGUUGUUGUUUGGUGUACACCUGGAGAAUUUCCCGCAAUGCAAGGAGCUGGAGAUACCGCCUGCAGACCGCAGCUACCGUGCCACACUACGACUCUAUGAUUGUGACAACAGACUGCUGGAGCUGAACAUCUGUGUGCUCUGCCAUGUGGGCGGAUCACUCAAGUUGACAGUGAGUGUUCCGUACUGGCUGGUGAACAAGUCUGGUCUGCCCCUGGUCUUCAGACAAGAUGGCUGCCGCGAGGCCGCAGGUCAGGGUGAGGAAAACGAGAUGGCAAGGAUUGUCUCCCCAUUGCUCUUUAACUUCAACAAUGAAAGCAACUCUCCAUAUCUAUGUGAAAUGAGACUGGGCAAGCAUAAACAUGGGUCUGACACAGUACCUGUAUGGUGUAAAGGGUUUGCAUUGAAGAACGAUGCUGACAGACCAACAGUGCGUCAGCUGAAUGUGGCCCCUAGAACUACCAACAGGCCUGAUUGGAUUUACAAUAUUGGUAUUGAAGUGAAGCAGGGUAAAGGACAUUUCCGUGCCACCACCAUUGUGACUUUCGCCCCUCGAUACUGUAUCAGCAACAUGUCAGAGCACAAACUGUGCAUCGCUCAGAGGCAUUUUACACAUGCAGAGGCUCAGAGUCACAUGGAGGGUCAGCUGACCUCCUUCACCCAAUGUAACAUGCCUUUUCAUUGGCCAAGAGCGGACCUGGAUCAGCUGUUAUGUGUGAAACUCCUUGAUGUUGAGGGAUGUAACUGGUCGGGUGGAUUCAAAAUCGAUGAAGUCAGUUCUUUUCAUAUUAAUAUGAGAGAUGAGUCGAGAAAUUCUAGGCUGCUGAAGGUGGAGGUGUUGCUGCAAGGUCAGACAUUCAACAUCGUGUUCAUUGAUGCAGACGAGACUCCACCCCCCUUCAGGAUCGACAAUUUCUCUGAGAUGCCCCUGCAGUACUUCCAAGCACAGACCCAUGACGAUAGGCUCCGAGCAGUCAUCAAGCCUAACACUUCAUUGCCAUACGCGCUAGAUGAGCCCACCUUGCCUCACUACCUGACCCUGUCCGUCCCCAGUGGGGGCAAGGCCACAUAUGAUCUAAACAAGUUUGGUGAAGGCGAUCAACUGGUGUACCAAAAUUACCUCUUUAUUGCUGCUACAGCAACUGUCAAGAGAAAUGUUGACUACAGCUAUUCCAAGAGCUCAGAUUUAGUUUUGGAUUGUGAACACGAUUUUGUUGUCUUUAGAAAAAAGGAGGUGGGCAAGAGGUCACAGCUGUGGCGUAUGACCAGUCAGGGGAUGUUGGAGAACGAGGGCCGCUGUCAGCCUCUAGAGCCCGGGAAAACUGUGAGGCCAGGCCAGAAGUAUGUCCUUGAUGUGGCAGAUAGCGAAGCUCACCCGGGGAAAGCAGUCGCACUUGCAUUGAAGAAGGAAAAUGUCGGCAGAACUGCCAGACAGAAGUGGAUUUUCAAAGAGGGCAUGUUGCAGUCCGCUGUAGGCAACAUGUGUGUGCAGUGCCCGGGGGGACCAGACGGCCUGCAUGAUGGAGCCAUAGCAGUACUGGGUCCAGCCCCAGAUGACCUCAGCAGGGUGCCAGACAACAUGUUGAUGUGCAUACAGAAGUUGAACCCUGGCAGCGGCUGCCUCAUGGUACGCAUGCAGAUGGAUGGGCCAGUGCGGGUGCUACAGAUCAAUGACGUGCAGCAUAGGCAGAUCCAAAAAACAAUUUCUGAAGAUGAUAUUGACUGGGAAAUUUAUGAGGAAUCUCUCAACCACAAAACAAAUGAGAAGCGGUCAAAGUUACAGCAGAGAAAUAUUGAAUUUGACAUGAACCUGAAGGGAGGCCUGGGUGUCUCCCUGGUGAACAGCACCCCCGAGGAGCUGCUCUACAUACGCCUCAAGAACAUCACCCUUAACUACCGGGAGAACGCCAAGGCUGUCACCAUGGAAAUGACUGUGGCUAAUAUUCAGGCUGACAAUCAGUUGCUAGGGGCGACCACGACCGCCAUGUUGUUUGUAACCCCUGUGUCCAGUAGUGACGUUGUAGAGAACACACAUGCUCUGUGGAUAUCUGCACACAAGCUGCCCAACAUGGGAUGGAAUGCUGAAAUAUUCAAGCAUCUGUUAGUGAAGAUAAAGAAGUUGACCCUACAGUUGGAUGAAGUAUUGCUAUGGAAACUCAUACAGUUUGGUGACCUUGGCCAGAAACCAGCGGACACUAUGGACAUUGAGUCAGGAGCCAGUGACCUAAAUGUCACACUGUCAAGUUCCAUGGCAGCGAAGACAAAGCGCUACUACUUUGGGAUGUUGAAGAUCCAGCCUGCCCUUAUCACCCUCAGCUUCCUCACCCCCACGGGCGGCCUGCCCACUGAGCUCUACAACAUCAAGAAGAGGAAGGGAAUAAAAAAGCUGCCAAACUUUGAAGACGCCAAGGUCAAACUAGAUGAGUUCAAGAAGGAGCACAAGUUUGACAGCAAGGAAUUCUACCUGAUAGAGCUCAAGAAACAUUACUCAGAUGAAUUGGCUGCUAACGCUGUACAGAUCCUGGGCUCUAUGGAUUUUCUUGGCAACCCAAUGGGCCUUCUGCAGGACAUCCAAGAGGGCAUGCAAGGCCUAGUAAAUGAUCAGAAUGUGGCGGGGCUUGCUAAGGGAAUCUUCCAUGGGGUCUCAAACUCAGCAGCUAAGAUGACAGGUGCAUUGUCAGAGGGUCUCAGUACAGUGCACCAGGACAGCAAGCACAAUGUGAAGAGGCAGCAGAUCCGUACCAGCGCCAAGUCCAGUUCGGGCCAGUUCAAGGCGGGAUGGAAGGGGUUUGCACAUGGAAUGAUAGGAGGAGUGUCCAGUAUCACCAAGCCAUUUGAGGGACUAGUGACUGGGGGACUCGAGGGUUUUGGAAAGGGUCUGUACCAAGGUGUGACAGGGCUGGUCACUAAGCCUGUGGCUGGGGUGCUGGACCUGGCGUCUGGGAUGUCUAAUGCAGUGCGUGACGUUAGUAGGAGGAGCAGCCACAUGACCCCAGACCAGAUGCGGGUUCCCCGCUGCUGUCACGGGCCGGGAGGACUGCUACCCAUGUACCAUCCGAGGCAGGCUGAGUCACAGGCUCUCCUGUACAGGAUCAAUGAACACAGGUUCACAGAAAGGUUCAUAGCCUUUGAUUACCUGCUAUCUGGGGCUGACGAGAAGUUUGUGCUGAUCACCAGUGACCAGUUGUUCAUCCUGAAGACUCUGGAGCCCCAUCCAGACAGCAUCCUCCUCAACUUGAAACACACUGACUACUCUUACUCCAGCCAUACUGAGAAAGAAGGUCGUUUCUAUGUAGAGAUCCACAGGAAGGAGGACCGCAGCAGUAUUCCUCACUCCAGCAAUAAGACUCCACAGAUACGGUGUGAGGGCAAGUCCACUGCACAGAGGGUUUCCCAACAGAUCAACUAUGCAAAGAAUCUGUUUGAUGAACAGAAGAUGUGUAUUCAGCCUCUGACAGAUAUAGAUGAGCAGUGCUAUGUGUGAUCGGGGGGCAUUCUAUGUGACUGACAGAUAUAAAUGAGCAGUGCUAUGUGUGAUCGGGGGGACAUUCUAUGUGACUGACAGAUAUAAAUGAGCAGUGCUAUGUGUGAUCGGGGGGACAUUUUAUCUGAUAAGGUUAUAUUGCUCUCAUAAAGUGAUAUAAGUACAUGAAAAGCCUGUGUGAUAAUGACUUUCAGUUUUAUUAUUGAACUGUAUUUGUACAGUAAGUCAUUUUUGUGAUACAUAAUUUCAUGAUUUACACGUAAAACAGGAAAACCAUGUUUGUGUUAUAGCACUCUUGUUAUUUGUAUUAGUUCUUAGUCACAAAGUUGUACAUGUUUUGUGCGCACAUUUAAAAUGAUUCCCAUGGUUGAUUUAUACAUUGACUUGUGUUUGUGAAACGCAUGAAUUCCUUAUAUCCAUGUAGUAUGUUGGUAUUUCACUAGACCAGGAGUCAUGAAUUGUUGGUAUUCAUUUUGUUUACUUCUUUUAAAACUAGCAAGUAUUGAAUUAAGAUUGACUUUAAAAAAUAUGGUAUAUUUAGAUAAGGUGAUCUUUAAAUAUCCAAGUAUUUUUAUCUGUUAGUUUGUCAUUGUAAUCAAUGCUGCAUUAGAAAAACAAUGUUGUUUAGCUAAAAUACUCCUCGUAAUGUGUUUCAUCAUACUUGCCUCACUCUAGUGAGUGUAUUACAGCAGAUUUCAUCUAGUCACUGUAUACUGCUCAAAUUUUAUAGUUAAAACUGUAACAAGGUAAAUAAUUUAUACUUUUCCUUUAAGGUCUUUUUAACUUAUACAAAACUGAUUGUUGU